AUGCACGGUCCUGUGCCGAAAGAUUCUAGUGCUCUCUGUCAGGAGGAGUACUGCAAAGUCACCACACAGACCAGGGAUCAUGAGUUUAUCACUGCGCAAGUGGUGAUACAGUAUUCAGUGAUCCCUUCAAAAGCCAAAGAAGCGAUCUACAAGCUGGUGCAGCAAGAGUUGGGUGGCAUGCUGAGGUCCUUUUUGAUCGGACCAAUCCGGGCAUACUUGAACAAGCAUACUCUGGAAGAAGUGUUCGGCAAGAAAGACGAGAUCAGCUUAUCCAUUCGUGAGCAGCUGACCGAUUACUUGAAGAGCUAUGGCUUUGCCGUCCAUUCACUGGAGAUGACGGAGUUGACGGUCUCUCCGGAGGUGAUGCAUGCCUUGAAUGAAGCGCAGAAGCAGCGGCGGAACUGCGACACCGCGCGGGUGGAUAUGGCGAAGCUACGGGUGGAGAAGGUGCGGGAGGCCGAAGCGGAAGCGUUGAGCGCAGAGCUCUAUGGCCGAAGGCUGAGCGAAGAGUGCCAGCAGCUGAUCCUUCAGGCGGCCUCCGAUGAAGCGCUUUGCUCCAGCUUCGAAGGUGCUCGGAGGGAGCAAGCCAUCGAGGAGACCCAUGCACAGCACUUGCCAGAACAGCUGGAUGCAGAGAUGUUGACCAGCUUGUUGAGAGAGAUUGAUGAGGAGGGUGCUUCGCUGCUGACUGGCUCGCAGGCUGCCGGCUUGGUCUUGGGCAAAGCUGGACCGUCGCAGCACAGCAUGUCGUAG